AUUUUUAUUUUUACUUGUCUUCUCCGUGUUGGACUGUUGAUUUAGCAGACAGCUGCUGGUCUCCCGCCACAGGCCCGAUCUGUCUCAAUUGCACACCCACUAGCUGAUCGCAAGCUUGCAGUUUGAGCUCCAAGGCCAAGAUCCACUGCUUGCUGUAGACCUUUUCAAUCGCGUCGCAAGGCCAAUCUACUCUAGUAAGGCACGUCGCCCGUAGAAAAAAGUGGUGAACGCCGUGCGUGUCUUUACUUCAGCCUCAUACGCAGACUGCAAUCAAGCAUCAGGCAUCUGGUCGUAAUAAUGGCGUACAACGACGACUCUGUGUUGGCGCGUCUGUCAGCGCUCAACGAGAGCCAUGAUAGCAUUGCAACAGCAGCCCAGUGGAUCAUGUUUCAUAGGCGGCACGCAGAUCGCACUGUGGCGCUCUGGAUGCAGCGGCUUAAAGAUUCAUCUAGCACGAAACGACUGAGCCUGGUUUACCUUGCAAAUGAGGUUACGCAACAGUCUAGAAUCCGCCAUAAGGAGGACUUUAUCAUCGCCUUCUCCCCGGUUAUAGCAGAAGCAGCCGCGGUAGCCUAUAAAGGAGCACCAGCUGAGAUUCAGGCCAAACUGCGGCGUGUCAUUGAUGUCUGGAAAGACAGGGUUAUUUUUGAGGCGCCAAUUCAGGCAGCUAUCGAGGCUCGUCUAAAUGCAGAAUUGGAUAAAGCUCGCGGAUCCGUUAAGCCCGGGUUCGGAGGUUCACCAUUUGGAUCAUCUGCCCUUGUGCCUUCGGAAUUCACGCCUCUUGUGUCUGCUCAUCAGACGGUGACAAAGCUAAGCGUGCCAUUAAAGACUACGAUUGCUUCCGCAAGCUCAGAGUAUGAAAAACAAGUCGAUCCUACAGUACCAGCUCCAUCAGCGCCAGUUUAUGCAGCUCGCCUCAAUGGGUUGCUCAAGACACUUGCGAGCGCCGAAAGUGCGGUAGCUGAGUGUGUCAAGGCCCGAGAGAGUUUGAUCUCGGGAUUGGAGAAGAUGCUGGAUUCAAACAGAGCCGCCCUGGAAAAUGAAAAGAAUGCGGCCUCUGAGCUGUCGGGCCGCAAACGAGAGAUUGAAGAGAAGAAGCAGCAGGUCGAGGUGGCCAUCAUGAGAGCUCUGGGGCCUGCGGAUGGCAACGGAGCACAUGCAGAGGGAGAAUCUGGCAACCCCCCUACUGAGCUCGAUCGGCCAGAGAUGGAGGCUCUAACACCGCCGGCUAUGGACGAUGACUUUGAGGAUACUAGACCAGAUGAUAUCGAGUAUGAUGAGGACGUCAGGCCCUCGGAGGACGUCCCAGCAACCGAGCCAUCAUCCACCGCGCCCUCAACCUACACCCAGUCGCUGCCCAUAUCAACCAACGGAUCUAAUAAACGGCGACGAUUGGAUGAUGGUGGCGAUUUCCCCGAUCUCGGAAAUGAUGGGGAGAUAGACGCCGAGGUGGCAGAGAUGCUGAAGGAAGGCAGUGAGUGA